AUGACGUCAUCGUCGUCUUCGUUGAGGAACGUUUUAAUGACCAAAACCACGAAGAAGCGCGCGAGGAGGAGCACGACACUUCUGUUUGCUCUGUUCUUUUUCGUGUUGUUGGGCGCGUUGACGCGCGUGUGCGAUGGCGCCGGGUAUUACGCAUACAAUAAUAGAAGGCACGAUGAUAACGACGAUAAAGUCUAUUGCUACAAUGGAGCUAACCGCCAGUAUACGGACGACCCGCGCGAUUGUUUUAAUACUUGCGAUUCAUGCAGCAGUUGUGACAGUUUUGUUUACAAGGUAUCUGACGAGCAGUGUCAGUUUCUAAAGCAUAACUCGCAUGGUCUAACGCGAGAUGAUUCUGAUUAUGAGUGGUAUCGUCCCAUCGAAAAUACAGUGACUGACAGUAACUUUGCGACGCACGUCGCCGGAUGUCUCGCAGAAGCGCCGGUGGACGGCUUGUGUAAAGAGUAUGGCGGUCGUGGUUUCAGUGGUUCCAAUGAUCGGCGCAUCGGCUCGAUGCCGGAUUGGGAGGUUUCCAGGGUGACUGAUAUGUCGGAAGCGUUCCAGGAUCAUACUUCCUUCAACGGUGAUCUCUCGAAUUGGGACGUUUCGAGCGUUGAAAAUAUGAAAAGUAUGUUCUAUAGAGCUAAAGCUUUCAACGCAGACAUCUCGGGGUGGGACGUUUCGAAAGUCACGGACAUGAACAGAUUGUUUUAUGCUGCUGAAGAUUUCAAUGCAGACAUCUCGGGGUGGGACGUCUCGAAAGUUACGGAUAUGACCUUGAUGUUCGCUCAUACUGAAGCUUUCAAUCACUUCGUCGGCGGUUGGACCGAGAAAUCUGGUUUAACGACUACGAAUAUGUUUAUGGAAGCUACCGCUUUCCGGGCAACGUAUACCUCUGCCUCGUGUACCGACAACGCAAAACCGAGCGAGUGUCUCGUUCCUUUGACCGAUGAUACUUUUUCGAAUGCCAUUGAAAGCUGUCUCCAGGAAUCUCCAGAUACUGGAGAGUGCACGACUUACGGGGCUUCGUCCGGGUACGGCGUGAUGUCCGACUGGGACGUUUCGCAAGUGACUGAUAUGUCGAAUGCGUUCCAGGGUCAUACUUCCUUCAACGGUGAUCUCUCGAAUUGGGACGUUUCGAGCGUUGAAAAUAUGAAAAGUAUGUUCUAUACAGCUAAAGCUUUCAACGCAGACAUCUCGGGGUGGGACGUUUCGAAAGUCACGGACAUGAACAGAUUGUUUUAUGCUGCUGAAGAUUUCAAUGCAGACAUCUCGGGGUGGGACGUCUCGAAAGUUACGGAUAUGACCUUGAUGUUCGCUCAUACUGAAGAUUUCAAUGCAGACAUCUCGGGGUGGGACGUUUCGAAAGUCACGGACAUGAACAAAUUGUUUUAUGAUGCUGAAGCUUUCAAUGCAGACAUCUCGGGGUGGGACGUCUCGAAAGUUACGGAUAUGACCUUGAUGUUCGCUCAUACUAAAGAUUUCAAUCAAGACGUUUCGGGUUGGAGCGUGAGCACAUCUGCGACGACAACCGACAUGUUCACAGGUUCAGCUUUUGUAACCUCGAGAAGCAACCUCGCGGUGACUGUUUCCAACAACGGCGCGACGUCGUCGGACGAAGAAUUCGCGCUCGGCGUUUCGGUGUCCGCAAAUGCGUGUUCUUCUUCAUGCGAUUUGUCCGAGGGUGGACCGUCGACCGACGAUGUUCGCGCUGAAGGCGGCUUGUAUUGCGAUGUAUUUGUGUACACACAGGGAACGGACUGCUCGAUUUCGAGUAUUUCUGGUACCAUCACGUGCAUGAGUUGGCCCAAUUUCUACAAUCACGAUAAAGCGUCGGCGUACAAAUACGCGCUCACGACAACUGAUAGCGGUGGUAAUGUGAUUGCAGGAGACUACACAGUCAAUUACGCGUGUGAAUGGAAGUUCAAAGGAACAAAGGAAGCCCCUGGCGCUUCUAUGAGCAUCGUUACCGUUCAGGGAACGGCUGCGUUUAAGGUUGCUCAAGGUUGCUCGGACACGUUACCGACUGCGCUGUCGACUAUUUCGCUUCCUGAUCUUUUCGUUCUGUCCGUUCCAGAAUUCCUGGCUGUCACGGAUAGCGACGACUGCGACAACGUCGAAACGAUCUUAGAGACUGCUUUUCGCAAGUACGACACGAGUCCCCUCGAUGGCACGCUUCAUGCGAGCGAAUGGGAAACGGCAUUUUUGCAACACGACGUCAGCACGACGUACGUGAAAUCUAAAUUUAACAGUGAUUCGUUCACGCUGAGUCAAGUCAUCAACAGCGCGAUGCUUCCACUAGAGUGCGAAAAAGCCAAGACCGGGUACAGCUCCGCUGACGUGUAUUUCGAUUCCAUCACGUAUCCAGAUAAGUAUACUGACAUGGAUUCUGGUUCUGCACAGUUGAAUUCGUGCAACGAGGCGACGGAAAAACUCACCGUCACACUUGGUUUCGGUAAUCCACCGACAUACUCAGAUGCCGUGUGCGUGUAUUCGGACGGCUACUUGUUUAAGGAUUACGAGAGCGAGGCCUUCUCUUCUAAGACUUUUGAAGAUAAGCGCCCUUCGAUGAGAACCGGCGACGACGCCAUCGAAUUGGUUGGUCACUUUACCUUUGACGACGACAAUACUUUUGAAGGGUACGAGACUGUCGGAUGCGAUCCGGGUGGUCAGUGUUUGAAAACAUCCGAGAGCUCCAAUGGAUACGCGUGGAAUCCCAUCGAUUCUGGUAACAGCGCGAUCUCAAUCGGAGGCGAGAGCGCGAUUAUGACGUGGAUUCACUUCGCUUCUUUGAGAAGUGAAGACGACGUCAUUUACUACUCGGAGGUCACUCCUUCUGGCACAUCAUGCACGCGCAAAGUUUACUUUACUGUAACUAGCUCAUAUACACUUAAAGCGGGUUACGACGACGAUUGUGGAGCAACGUCCGAAGUUUCGUACGAUUUGACUUCAAGUGAGAAAAGCGAAGAAUGGCACCACGUCGCGAUGAUUUCCGAGUACAAUAAUCUCGCCGUAUAUUUUGAUGGCGCACAAAAGGCGACGGUUGGACCUUCGACUUGGGAUGGUCAUAAAUUGGAGCAAGAAGGACUCGACGUGGCGGGAAAAACGCUUUUCAACUCUCCGUACGAUUCGGAUUACGUCUACGAUGAUUUUCGCGCGUACACCGGUGUUCUCACCGCGCUGCACGUGCAAUCUAUCUACGAGCUCGGAAGGGAAGUCAGAUCGGCGAAUCUCGCGGAAGCGAAGCCGCAAUCGCGACGCACGUUUUGUGUCAUUGCGAAAUACGGCGGCGUUCAAAGCGCCUACACGCCGUGUGCGACUGGGUUGUUUUACAACGGCUUGGUGAUUGAUUUAUUGACGUCGAUUGAGACGACCGGUGUCGUCUUCCAGUUCAGAGACACGGCUCUCGACGAGAUUGGCUACGAAGUUCUCCGUCGCGAGAGCGGAUCGACGUCGAGCUACGACGUCGUUCUUUUCAUCGAUAGCGGCAUGAGUGGAUGCUCGUACACGUACAACAUGCUUUCUUUCUACGACGCCGACGCGGCAAAAGAGCCCGGGGUGACGUGGGAAUACGCUGUUCGAACAAAGUACGACGCGACGACAAGUUCGGAUGUCAUUUCAGACGCCUACACGUACGUCGUGCCUUGGUACGGCACCGUGGAUGGCACAGUUGUCGCUGGAGAUACAGAAGUUCCCGUCGCCGACGUGCGCGUGUGCGCGCGUCUAGAUUCAAGCACGACGUCUGCUACUGAUCUUCUCGAGCUCGGUAGUAAAGUAACUUCAAGCGCGAGCUCAUACAUGGCAAAAAACCGGUACGUGACGCAUUCCGCCGAGACGCUGAGUGCGUUUGAGGCUACCGAUGGGGAAACAGAUACGUCCGUGACUGUGGAUCACGGCGAGCACCUGAAAGUAAAUCUUGACGUGUUUGCUUCAGUUUCAAAGGUGACAGUUUCUUUUAAACGAAGUAUCCCAUCGAAAUACGACCACUGCAUGAGCGCAGUGGAUAGGAGAAGGGCAUUAUCGGCUUACACUGGAAUCACGUGCAAUGGUGCGACAUCUAUGACUACUUCAUCGAACGAUCCAACGGAGUGCUUUCAGACGUGUUCGGAAUGCAGCACUUGUGUGAGCUUUAAUUACCACACAUCAACCGGCGUGUGUACGUGGGCGUCUUCACGAUCAUGGAAUGAUGGCUAUGGGGAUUCAUCCUAUGAGUGGUAUCGAAGUUGUGCUUCGAGCGGAAGUACAAAUGCAAUCACGACCAGUAACUUUGCGACGCACGUCGCAGGGUGUCUCGAGGAAGCACCUAUCGACGGUUUGUGUAAAGAGUACAGCGGCAAGUCUUUCAGUGGUUACACUGAUAAUUACAUCGGCAUGAUGCCGUACUGGGACGUUUCCGGGGUGACUGAUAUGUCGGAAGCGUUCAAGGAUAAAGAUACCUUCAACGCUGAUCUCUCGAGUUGGGACGUUUCGAGCGUUACAAAUAUGAAUGAUAUGUUUUACGGAGCCUCGAGUUUUAACCAAGAUAUUUCCGGAUGGAAUGUUGAUUCUUCGGCGGUAACAACCACCAGUAUGUUCAGUGGUGCGACCGCGUUCCAAGAGAGAUUCACGUGCACUUCUUUGCUAGAUGGACCGCCAAACUCGGGGUGCAUAGAUUGGUCGUCCAUGGUCGUGCGCGUUCUCGACUUUGAUGAUCCAGACGAUAACGGAGAUCGCGGGCUAAGAUGCAUUUCCGCGUCGUUUACCAGCACGGGUACUGAUGCGUACGAACAAACAUACUCGUGCGUAGGUACGUACGUGACGGCGUUUCCAGGUCAACACGUGACAAUUCUGAACGAUUUGGGCAGCAGCGUCUCGAUUUUCGAAAUCGAAGUCACCGGUGAAGAGUUGGCGUGUCCGUACUACGGCUUUAGCGACGACGACGGGAAUUUCGAGAUUGAGAUACACGAAGCGACCGGAGUUUCGCAAAAGAAGACAAAAGUCGCGGUUCGCGCUUUCAAAACAGACGUGUUUGACCCAGAAGACGUGUCUGUGUUCACGCCGAUGGAAGAAGGAAGUAACGAUUCAGUCACGAUAAAAUCGCCCGAAGCGGUUUUGAUUGCGCUCGAAUACUUCAACACGGCGAAAUACGACCACUGCAUGAGCGCAGUGGAUAGGAGAAGGGCAUUAUCGGAUUACACUGGAAUCACGUGCAAUGGUGCGACAUCUAUGACUACUUCAUCGAAGGAUCCAACGGAGUGCUUUCAGACGUGUUCGGAAUGCAGCGAAUGUGUCAGUUUCAAUUACGAUACAUCAACCGGCGUGUGUACGUGGGCGUCUUCAGGAUCAUGGAAUGAUGGCUAUGGGGAUUCAUCCUAUGAGUGGUAUCGAAGUUGUGCUUCGAGCGGAAGUACAAAUGCAAUCACGACCAGUAACUUUGCGACGCACGUCGCAGGGUGUCUCGAGGAAGCACCUAUCGACGGUUUGUGUAAAGAGUACAGCGGCAAGUCUUUCAGUGGUUACACUGAUAAUUACAUCGGCAUGAUGCCGUACUGGGACGUUUCCGGGGUGACUGAUAUGUCGGAAGCGUUCAAGGAUAAAGAUACCUUCAACGCUGAUCUCUCGAGUUGGGACGUUUCGAGCGUUACAAAUAUGAAUGAUAUGUUUUACGGAGCCUCGAGUUUUAACCAAGAUAUUUCCGGAUGGAAUGUUGAUUCUUCGGCGGUAACAACCACCAGUAUGUUCAGUGGUGCGACCGCGUUCCAAGAGAGAUUCACGUGCACUUCUUUGCUAGAUGGACCGCCAAACUCGUGCACAUAUUUGGUAUCCAUCCCACCGAAAUACGACCACUGCAUGAGCGCAGUGGAUAGGAGAAGGGCAUUAUCGGAUUACACUGGAAUCACGUGCAAUGGUGCGACAUCUAUGACUACUUCAUCGAAGGAUCCAACGGAGUGCUUUCAGACGUGUUCGGAAUGCAGCGAAUGUGUCAGUUUCAAUUACGAUACAUCAACCGGCGUGUGUACGUGGGCGUCUUCAGGAUCAUGGAAUGAUGGCUAUGGGGAUUCAUCCUAUGAGUGGUAUCGAAGUUGUGCUUCGAGCGGAAGUACAAAUGCAAUCACGACCAGUAACUUUGCGACGCACGUCGCAGGGUGUCUCGAGGAAGCACCUAUCGACGGUUUGUGUAAAGAGUACAGCGGCAAGUCUUUCAGUGGUUACACUGAUAAUUACAUCGGCAUGAUGCCGUACUGGGACGUUUCCGGGGUGACUGAUAUGUCGGAAGCGUUCAAGGAUAAAGAUACCUUCAACGCUGAUCUCUCGAGUUGGGACGUUUCGAGCGUUACAAAUAUGAAUGAUAUGUUUUACGGAGCCUCGAGUUUUAACCAAGAUAUUUCCGGAUGGAAUGUUGAUUCUUCGGCGGUAACAACCACCAGUAUGUUCAGUGGUGCGACCGCGUUCCAAGAGAGAUUCACGUGCACUUCUUUGCUAGAUGGACCGCCAAACUCGGGGUGCCUAGAUUCGUCGUCUUCUUCCACAGAUAGCUCGCACGUAUCCAAAGAAGAGUUCAUCGCGUACGCUCAAACGAGGAUGGAAUAUUCAGACGCAUUCGUUAUCCUCCCUGAGGACGUUUGGAAUUCAUUCGACGACGACGGCGACGACAGUCUCGACGUGACUGAGUUCAUGGUUGCCCAAACGGCGUUUGAUGCCGGUAAAAUUGAAGGCACGCCGUGGUUGGUGUAUUCGCUUCAAGAAACUGAAUACUUGACGGGUUUUUAUGUGAACGAUGAGUCAUCGAGUUCGAGUAAUGACGAGUACCUCGCCAUCGCGCUCGCUCCGAACGCGGACACCACCAUGCCAAAUUCAAACUCCUUGUGGCAAACUUGGUACGAAAAUAUGACGGCGACGUUUUCUUCUUUUUCCUUAGCUUCUCCGGAUAGUUCUGCGGAUGACGACGGCGGACCGGUAACCUUGGGUGUCACCGAUGCUCCCGAAACGGCAUCUGCUUUCAUUCCUCUCGUCGCGCGAACCUCUGCGAACGCGGUACAAAUCGUGUUCGAUGAAGACGCAGAAUCUACAAAAACGUCCGGAUUCGAUGCUCUUCUUUCGACGUAUUUUCCGUCGACAGUGGCUGAUCAGACCGUCCGCGCGACCGAACAAAUCGACGACGUCGUGCACGUUUUUGAAGUUACCGACCAAGGUAACGAUACUCCACAAUCCGAAAAGAAGUAUCCCAUCAAACAUCUCGGCAACGCCGGCGAUGAAAUUAAAGACAACACCGUCGUGACUGUUUCCGGAAUCGUUCGCUUUCCUGGAAGCAGAACGCAAGAUGUCGUCUGCGGUCUUCCGUACGCCACCAUCAACGCGUACAAAAAAAUAUGCUCGUUGAAAGGAGAGUGCGAGUACGAGGAAGCCACGGAGUACACGGCGGACUCGCUCGGUUACUUUGAAGUCUCCGUGACGCCUGGCGAGUCUAUUUUAUUCGCCGCGAGUUAUGACACGCACGAUCUUUGCUACGCCGGAACUUCGUUAGAAGACGAGUGCGACGAGGCCGGAGUCGCUCUCACGUUGAGUCUGUCGAGCUCCACCACGGAAGAUGUGAGCGCGUACGUCGAGCUCGAUGCAAUCGUCGGCGGAGAAUACAUGGUGUUUUAUGACUUCACCGCGCGCACGGUCGACGUUGGUUUAUACGCCGGCGCGUGUGGCACAUCGUAUUCAAAUUACGAGAUGUUGAUUACGCCCGCGAACGGGUGCGGCGCGGCUGUCACGGUCUCGCACACGGAUAUCAACGGGUGGACGAGAGAAGACGCGAGUGAUUUGACGUCAAACGUGAGGUAUUGGCCGUACGCGGCGAUGGAUUAUUACAUUCAACUCGACGAUGCUCCGACUCUCGAGGAUAUGGUGGCGAGCUCGUUUGACAACAAUAAGCAAGAUGCGACCUGCACCGCUUCAGGAUCGGAUAUUCUGUCGUAUUUCCGCGAUCGCGACUUGUUGGUACGCACACUCGGUUUCCUCGAGAGCGAGAGCGAGACCGCGCAGUACCAGUUCCACGGCAUGCUGUGCGCGCUUCCCACGAUUAGUGAUGAUUCGAGGUUUUCUUCAUCAAACACGUUCGCUUCUAUUGCCGAUGGCGAAACGUGCAUCGAAUUAGACAGCAAUAGCGCUGCCACGACGUUGGAAUUGUACCAUCUCAUAGGUUUAGAUCAAUCAUCCUUGGGUGUUUCGGAAAACAAAUACGUCAAGUUGGAAAUAUUUGAGGCUCAUUCCACGGAUACCAACACGAUCGAGUACUGCUCGACGUUUUCGUCAUCCUCAAACGCCGACUUGAGCGUCUCAAUCAAAGUCACGAAUGACGUGCUCACCGAAGAUCCGUGCCAUUCGACGAAAGUUGCCGGCUCGGAGUGUUACCUCGACACCGUCGACACCGGUACUGGCUACGUUCAAUUUGGUGAGAGUACUGCAACGGAAGAGGAGAGUUCCAGUACUACAACGGACGUUGAUAGUUCCAGUACUACAACGGAAGAGGGGAGUUCCAGUACUACAACGGACGUUGAUAGUUCCAGUACAACGACGGCUACGAUGUAUUACGAAAUAACGUCGGAGGAUGCUAAACCAAAUCUCGUCUGGCCGUACCGACGCACCGUCGCGUUCAAAGUCGUUCGCGACGACGGCUGGUCGACCACGACGACUUCUGUCGACCGCGAACUCGUGACUUUACGCUCAAAAGUCCGGGGCGAAAGUUCGGAGUACGCGAGCAGAUACGUCAGCCAGACGACGUUCUUCGCGACGGCGCCAAUCAGAGGUCUCGUCUAUUCAGUCGUGCACGAUCCGCCUGGCGGUAACUCGUACGCGUCCAUCGCAAAGGGAACCGCGGUAAACACGGUAGUCGAGCUCAACAAGGCGUACAGCGGCAGCGUCGGGGAAGGUUGGUCGACUAACGGCGGUUGGGGUGCGAGUAUGGAUGUAAAAACGAACAGUGAAGCUAUGAUCUCUGGUUUCGGACCAAUUAUUGGCGGAGCCAUUGAAAUUGAUACUGGAAACACGGGGGGGGGGGGGACGAGACGGUUGUUGAGUUUAGGUGCUGUUCGUGCAGCAAGUACUUUAAAAGCACGUGCUCGUGCAGCAGGUGCGCGAAAUGGGGAAGAAGGAGGAACAGGAGCAGUUAAAGCAAGUUCAAGAGAAACGACCAUAGGAUUCAGCGCAGGUCUCGAGGGCGGAGAUGAAGAGAGCGGACCGAGCGUCUCCGUGUCGACGUCAGCGGGAGACGGAUGGAGUCUCGAUAUGACUUUGGACAGGAACAUGGAAUCUUCGCAAGAUCCCGGCAUACCGGGACGCCCGGGAGACGUCAUUCUUGGCGGAGGCUUUGAAAUCGUGUACGUGCGCACGGACACGCUCGGAGUAAACACGACGGGAUGCCUGACGAUUACCGAGCAAAUCACGUGGUUUCCGAGACAACCGACGAGUUACUUCGUCAACGUCUUUACGGUCGAAGACAAGAUCAUACCCGAGUUGGAAGAUUUGAAAGAGACGCUCGGUGAUGCAAGCGACACAGUAGAUGACGAACUUGCAGCAGAGUAUUCCGCUGACGCAAUCAAAGAGAUUUGGAUCCACCGCUUGAGCACCGCGAUCGAGGAUUGGGAAAACACGCUCGCGUGGGCUUCUCCAGACUUCAAUCCCGCGAGCGCGACGACUGAGGUUGAGAAAAAAGUUGCGUACGAAGAGGCGGAGGCUGAAUUGAAUGCUUCACCCUACCUGGCGUUGACGGACUCUACUGGAAGCGUGUUCAGUACAGCUUUCACUGCGCAAGAUACGCAGAUCGAUCCGGACGAGUUUAAUAACGACUUCAAAACUGAAGCCUGGGGAGAUGCUUUAGAGGAGGUCUGGGACGAGCUCCCGGAUAAACUGACUAGUUAUGGCAUGAUCCAUGAUUUCGCGGGCGACCAUGGCAUUUUUUCUCGCAAAACUGAAAAAAAUAAUUUUCUUGAUUUAGUUAAAAUAACGCAACCAGAAUCCGAGGACUGGCUCUCGUCUACGAAUCCACUGCACGAUGAAACGUUUACGGGAACGAAAGCAACUGUACUCAAGUCAGCGAGCGAAGAAAAGACAACAUUCAGCCGAGGUAUGAGCGCUGAAGCGACGAGUGCAGCCACAGAAGACGGCGCGAUCUUCGGAAUUGACGAUGAUGACGCUAAUUACUAUUCCUACGGUACGACUGAGCUCUUGGACGCUUCUGUCUACGGACAUCAAGGAAGGUUCACGUUCGAUUCGGAUUCAGAAACCUUUACUGCAACCGACGGGACGACGAUGUAUACCGAUCCGUUUGGUACUCCAAUGUUUGGAACACGCGGUACCAAGUCGAAUAUCCGUCUCACGUUCACCGGAGGUGGACACGCGCUCGAAUUUUCGACUUCAAUUUCGCAAGAAAUCGACGGCGCCUCCUGGGGUUGGGCGUUGAGUGUUUCGGACGAGAAAUCGCACUCUACCAGCGCCAGCGCUGGCGUUGCCGCGUUCAGCAUAGGCGCGGGAAAUAGCGUUUCCAACGGCGAAGGUUUCGAUAUAGAUCGCUUGUUCGCGUGGAGUAAAUUCGGCGUCAUGGAGACGAGUUACUCGCUCGGCGACCCAGAUCACGGCGAUAAGUUUGUGGUGCAAAUUCGUUACGAUAAUCGGUUCGGUACGCCAAUCUUCCAAACCAUCGGCGGCGCCACGAAGUGUCCGGGAGAGCCAAACACCAUGUGGAGAGAAAAUGGAGUGUCAAUAAAAAACGUCAUGGCUGCUUCGGGUGUGGAUGCCUCGCACAUUCCGCCGCAUUCCGAUGCACUUUUUGACAUCGUCAUUGAAAACCAAACGCCGUACCGAGAGAGUGCGGCGUUUGGUUUAAUCGUCGUCGCCGACGACGCGUAUUCCGGGGACGUCGGCGGGAACGCGAACGAUUUGACUUUCAAAGUGAACGGGAACACUCUGCCUGCGUUUGGCGGCAUGUACACCCUGAACGAUAUCCCAUCCGUGGACGAUAGCGACGCGCUGGUUCAAUCGGUGAUGACUCUUCGCGUGACGAAAGGCGCGGAUUCGCAUUCCUACUCUCACCUGAGUGUAGAGCUCGUCAGCGAGUGCGAAUUUAAUAUCGGUUCGCUCUAUCGCGAUCCCAUCAGCUCGACGGCAGCUUUGGAUGGUACCGGUACCAUAACGUGGGAGCGCGUGUGUCCUCCGGUGACUUGGUCGGAAACCACGUGGAACAACUACGCGGACUAUACGGUAUCCUCGACGUCGUCGGAAUACUUCAACGUGACGGUGACGAACCCGGACCCGAUGAACUUGUGGUCGGCUGAUGCAAUCGACGGCAACACGUCCGGAACGAAUCAUUUGGUACAUCCUAACGUCGAAUACGUGAGAAUCCAGUUUCGUCGACCGGGCGUUGGCGAGUGGAUCAACGCUUGGGAACCGGGAACGUGGAACAAGGACAAGACAGUUUGGACCGCGUUUGAUCCUGACUCGGAUUUUUUGGCAGAAUCGAGCGAUAUAUUUACAUACGACAUUGAAGACGUCGAUCUUGCCUCGUGCUCGACGUCUCGCGGAGCUGGAUGCUCGCAAAAGUGGAACUUGAAUCGUCAGUACUUUUUGAACGGCUUGAAAGAAGGCUCUUGGGAAAUCAGAGCGAAGGUGUUUUGCUCGGGGUACGAUUCUUUCGCCACGUCUGAAGUGCGAGGCUCGGUGACGGAUGAGAAUUUGAAUCUCAUCGCAGACACGAAAGCACCAAGCCCAAUUGCCAGAGAAGUCUACGAGAAUAAAGUUCUCGUCGAAUUUUCUGAACCAAUAACGUGCCCGUUGUUAUCGAGUUCAGACAUGGCGUACUCCGUCGCGAGAACGACCGAUUGUGACGGAAUCGCCGUGGACGAUUCCGAGGAUAUCAACGCGGUCAGCGACAACAUUUUGAUAUCCCAUUACGAUUUUCAAUGUCUCACGCAAGACGUCAACGGUCGAAACGCUUGGAUGAUGACCGUGCCAAUCUCUUCUGCGGCGUCGUCGAACGCGUUGGCUGGUAAAUACACCGUGACGAUAAAAAGUGGUCACGUGACAGACGACGGGGGGAACACGGCAUCUGAGCACACGUUCACGGAGGAGAUAAUGUGCACCUCGUCGAGCGCGAGCGCAUCUUUGGAUGGAAAAACAUCGAAUGAAUCAUCGGCAAACUUGGGUCUUUCAAAGGAAAAUUCCUCGACGAGAGAAGCGCUUGCAUCAGCGACAUACAUGCCGUUGUCAUCGCACAAAAACCGAUACAUUUUCGGAGGAACCCUCGUGGGCGCAGCUUUCGUGUUGUUCGCGCAAACUCUCUUUGCCUUUUUUGCGCGUGGAAAAAGACGCACCUCCCUCUCUGGCAUGAGCGACAAAACGAGUCAAAACAACAACAACAACAACAACAACAACAAUAACUCGAGCAGCGGCGAUGAAGGCGAGAUUGAAAUUCUCCUCCCUCUCGCCGCCGAAAAAUUCGGGUCGUCGAAACAAUCUUCGGCGGAAGUUUCAUACGGUUCGCGCGGUGAACAACACCAACUACGGCGCAACGACUGCGGAGACGUCCACAUUUUAUAA